GAACUUUUCUGGUCCUUCAUGGCCUCAACAUGAUCUGGAGAGGUUUGCUUGGAAAAAGGAAUUGUGGGUUCCCUCAUGGACUUACCUUACAUCUGUGAUGAGAUCUGACAGGUGAAAUUCAUGUGAUUGAUUGAUAGACUAUAAUAAAGGAUGAAACAAGAAGAACUCUGGACAUGGAUUUAAGGAGCAGCAGCAGUGAGACUCAAACUGUUGCUUUAUGCUAGCCAGUUGAUUUUGAUUUAUUUCUCAGUCCAGAGGGAUACGGGCCUCUUCAUUUUGUUAGAAAACACUUUCACUUCAAAUGCUUUGACCUUUAAAGUGCUAACAUACUGUAGGUACAACAAUCAGUCCGUUAAUCUGUAACUCGCUGGUUGAACACUCGUCACAGCGCUUUUACUGCUGAGUCAUUGUUCUCUGGCUGACGUGGAGACGUUCCAACUAUCCCUGAAGCUCUGCUUUCUUUCUGGUUUGUUUUGAUAACUCCUUUUCUCUUGAGUUCAGGAACUUGACAUUCGAUUUGUUCUUCAGUCUGGAGAAGCGGGUUUUCUCUUCUCUGUUUUUCUGUCUGCUUUGGUUUUUAUUGCUCCUUUAAAAGAUGGCUGUGCGGCUCUUUGAAGGGAAAGACCAUGCAGCCUUUUACCUGCAGUACAGAGUGGCACCGCAUGAAAUUAUCAGCAAGAUAAUGAGCUACAUGGAGCAGAAGACACCACAGCAGUACAAGCUGGCCGUGGAUGUGGGCUGUGGUCCGGGGAAAGGGACAGUCCUUCUGGCUCCUUACUUCACCAGGGUAGUUGGAACGGACAUCAGCCAGGCUAUGGUAGAAGGAGCGCUGUCCAAAAGCAACCCACCCAACAUUUCAUACAGACAUUGCCCUGCAGAGGAGAUACCCUUUGCAUCAGGGGAGGUGGACCUUGUGACGGCCAUGACGGCGGCCCACUGGUUCGACCGGCCACGGUUCCUCCAGGAGGCUGACAGGGUGCUCAGACCUGGAGGCUGCCUUGCUCUCCUGAGCUACACCAUGGACAUGAUCCUGGAAUAUGGAGACAUCUCAAAAGUCCUGAAUGACAUCUGCCGAGAGUUCUACGCUGCCCUGCUGCCCUACCGAAGCUCUUAUUUAGGACCAAGCUCCAGGAAGAUUUACUCUGACAUGUUUAACUCCUGCUCUUACCCUGACAAAGAAUGGACUGAGUGCCAUCCAGUGAGAAGGGCCCUUCCAGUGAAUGGAUUCAUAGGCAUGGUGGAGACGUUCUCCAGCUACCAGCAGCUGAAAAAGAAGGACCCUUCUGAAGCCGAUAAUCUCUCCAACAGAAUCCUGACCAAGUUACUGACCGCCAUGAAUGUGUCCUGUCCUGACACUGAAGUGAUGGUGAUCGUGAACUAUUUCGGCAUGCUGGCGCGUAAACCUUCAUCUGAAUGAAACUUUGAACAUUUUGAUUGA